AGACAAAGACAAGGAAAGGGAGAGAGAGAAAGACCAAAAGAGAGAGAGCUGUAAUCACAUGGGAGUUGUUUGGCUCAUGGGCCCUUUUCUUCUCUCUUCUCCUCUCUCUUCCAGCUUCUCAACAGUUAUGAACUGAACAAGAAAAGUCUUUCUUUUUCCUUUAUUUUUUGCCCAUUUCAAGAACCAGAAAAUAUAAUAAAAAUCCAGUCUUUGUGUUAAAGAUUCAAUCUUUCACUCUUCUCAGAGCUCUCAGUGGAGAGAUACAUCAUGGCUGAUGAUAAGGAGAUGUCUGGUCCUGUAGUCGAUGGAAAUAAUGAAGUCACAGGUCAUAUUAUAUCCACAACCAUUGGAGGCAAAAACGGUGAACCCAAACAGACCGUCAGUUACAUGGCAGAACGUGUUGUGGGGACUGGAUCGUUUGGAGUUGUUUUUCAGGCAAAGUGCCUGGAAACAGGAGAAACAGUUGCUAUAAAAAAAGUUCUUCAAGACAGGAGAUACAAGAAUCGUGAAUUGCAGUUGAUGCGCACAAUGAGUCAUCCAAAUGUUGUUGGUCUUAAGCACUGUUUCUUCUCAACUACCAGCAAUAAUGAGCUAUUUCUCAACUUAGUAAUGGAAUACGUGCCUGAGACCAUGUAUAGAGUGUUGAAGCACUAUAGCAAUGCAAACCAGCAAAUGCCACUUAUAUAUGUGAAACUCUACACAUACCAGAUUUUCAGGGGGUUGGCAUAUAUGCAUGCUGUUCCUGGAGUAUGCCAUAGGGACUUGAAGCCACAAAAUGUUCUCGUUGAUCCAGUUACACACCAGGUCAAAAUUUGCGACUUUGGAAGUGCCAAAAUGCUGGUAAAGGGUGAAGCAAAUAUUUCAUACAUUUGCUCAAGAUUCUAUCGUGCCCCAGAACUUAUUUUUGGUGCAACGGAGUAUACAACCUCGAUCGAUAUAUGGUCAGCUGGUUGUGUUUUGGCUGAGCUGCUCCUAGGCCAGCCAUUGUUUCCUGGAGAAAAUGCUGUCGGGCAGCUUGUGGAGAUUAUCAAGGUUCUUGGGACACCAACUCGAGAAGAAAUUCGAUGCAUGAAUCCAAAUUAUACAGAUUUUAGAUUUCCGCAAAUCAAGGCACACCCAUGGCACAAGGUUUUUCACAAACGAAUGCCACCAGAAGCAAUUGAUCUUGCUUCCAGACUUCUGCAAUAUUCACCUAGUCUUCGUUGCAGUGCUUUGGACGCAUGUUCACACCCUUUCUUUGAUGAGCUCCGUGAGCCCAAUGCUCGCCUACCAAAUGGUCGUCCACUACCUCCACUUUUCGACUUUAAGCAAGAGCUGUCAGGAGCAUCCGCGGAUCUUGUUAACAGAUUGAUACCUGACCAUGUGAAACGGCAAAUGGGUCUACAGUUUUUGCAUCCAACAGGAACAGGAACAUAAAAUACAGGAUUUUGAGUUCAGCUUAAGUUAAACCGGAAGAAAUCUUUAUUAUAAUAUCUCUCUGUAAGGAUGUCCGAAGCAGCAUCAUAUUAGAAUUCACCUGGACUAGUACAGAUUACUGUGGCUGGAUGGCUACCCGUGUCUGCCUUUUACUAGCUGUAUCUUCCACUGCCCUUCCUCAAACCACCACCAUGGUUGCCAUCAAGAAAGAACAACAGAAUAUGAGUUCUUUUGUAUAUUAUGCUUGUAGUAAUCAGAAAGGUUUUUUUUUUUUUUUUCCUUCCCGCGAAGUAAAAAGUUGUAGGAAGUCAAGGGAGGAAUUGCUCCUUAGUUGGACAAAAACGUGAGUGCUGGCUACUGUUAUUAUAAUUUUGUAUCAGUUAUGUUCUACGUCUACUUGGUGCUUGUUAUUUUCCUGACUCGUGUUCUUCGUUGCAAAAGAAUGUCAAUUUGUUUUGUUGUGCUCAA